AUAGCUUGUUCGAGUCAAUCUGACUGCAGGUGGAUGUUUAUAGCAAGGCAUCGAUAUAUAGUCACUCAGAAAGUCAGAGGUCUUUCUUUUCAUCCACUACAAUCAUUGCAUUCUAUUCGAUCUGCAGCAAUGGCGACGACCCCGAACGACCCUGGCCUGAUCACCCCCGAUGGUCCUUCGAAAAGUGCAGCGAAAAAGGAGGCCAAGAGGCUAGAGAAAGAGGCGAAGUUGGCUGCCAAACAUAUCAAGCAAGCCGCUAACACUCCCGCUGGAGAAAAGAAGGCAAAGGCGGACAAAGAAAAGAAGGAGCAGGAGCCUGCAUUCGUAAACACCACUCCCAAGGGCGAGAAAAAAGACAUGUCUCAACCGAUGGCAAGCGGGUACAAUCCUGUUGCGGUCGAGUCUGCUUGGUACGAUUGGUGGGAGGCCCAGGGCUUCUUCAAGCCUCAGACCACGGAGAAUGGCGAGACUAAACAAGAGGGCGUCUUUGUGGUUCCGAUGCCUCCUCCGAACGUCACCGGAAGCCUACAUAUCGGUCAUGCAUUGACUAUUGCCAUUCAAGAUUGCUUGAUACGCUGGAAUCGGAUGCUUGGAAAGACCACUCUAUUUGUCCCAGGUUUUGAUCAUGCUGGAAUCUCGACGCAAUCCGUUGUUGAAAAACGGUUAUACAAGGCGGAAGGCAAGACCCGACACGAUCUCGGUCGAGAGGUGUUUUUGGGCAAGGUUAUGGAGUGGAAAAACGACUACCAAGCACGCAUCACCAAUCAGUUAAGGAGGCUCGGAGGAAGCUGUGACUGGGAUCGCGUUGCCUUUACCAUGAAUCCUUCAUUAUCAAAAGCCGUUACGGAGACUUUCUGUCGGCUCCACGAGGAUGGUAUCAUCUACCGCGCUAAUCGACUUGUUAACUGGUGCGUCCAGAUGAAUACUACCCUCUCGAACCUUGAGGUGGAGCAAAAACAACUAUUUGGCCGCACCUUGCUUAACGUCCCAGGCUAUGACGCAAAGGAAAGGUUUGAAUUCGGUGUCAUCACCUCAUUUGCAUAUCAGAUUGAAGGAUCAGAUGAGCGGAUUGUUGUCGCUACGACCCGCCCGGAAACAAUGCUUGGUGAUACAGCUAUCGCAGUACAUCAGGACGAUGAUCGGUACAAGCACCUUCACGGCAAGUUUGCCAUCCAUCCCUUCUUGAACAGGCGCCUUCCCAUUAUCGUUGAUGAAAAAGUUGACAAGGAGUUUGGGACCGGUGCGGUGAAGAUCACGCCAGCUCAUGAUCCGAACGACUACGAGGUUGGUGUCCGUCACGGACUUGACUUCAUCAACAUCUUGAACGAUGAUGGAACAUUCAAUGAAAAUGCUGGAGAACAAUUCAAGGGGAUGAAGCGCUUCCACGCUCGGCGUGAGGUUAUCAAGAAGCUCACCGACUUGGGCUUGUAUGUCGAGACCAAGGAUAAUUCCAUGCAGAUCCCCAUUUGCAGUAAAUCAGGCGACAUUAUCGAACCCGUCUUGAAGCCUCAGUGGUGGGUAAAUUGUCAACCUCUUGCUGCUGAAGCAAUCAAGCGUACGAGGGCAGGCGAGCUUUCAAUCGGCCCUAAGCAGAGCGAAGCGGACUGGUAUCGCUGGCUCGAAAAUAUACAAGACUGGUGUAUCUCACGACAGUUAUGGUGGGGUCACCGAUGCCCAGCUUAUUUCAUUCGAAUCGAGGGAGAACAGAACGAUACCGAAGACGGUAAGAACUGGGUUGUGGGUCGGACUGUAGAAGAAGCAACCGAACGCGCGAAAAUCCUUGCCAAAGGGAAGAACUUCACACUCGAACAAGAUGAAGAUGUCCUCGAUACUUGGUUCUCCUCUGGACUGUGGCCGUUCUCAAUCUUGGGAUGGCCGGACAAGACUGCCGACAUCUCCAAUUAUUACCCUGCCAGCAUUCUUGAAACAGGCUGGGACAUUCUUUUCUUCUGGGUUGCGCGUAUGGUUCUCUUGGGCAUCUAUCUUACUGGUCAGAUGCCAUUUUCGGAAGUGCUCUGCCACGCGAUGAUUCGCGAUGCUCAUGGACGCAAAAUGAGCAAGUCGCUCGGUAACGUCAUUGAUCCGAUCGAUGUCAUCCAUGGCCUGCCACUCGAGGAACUCCACCAGAAAUUGUAUGAAGGUAAUCUCGAUGAGAAGGAGAUUCAGAAGGCGAUCGCUGGGCAGAAGAAGGAUUUCCCAAAGGGCAUUCCGGAAUGUGGUACGGAUGGGUUGCGUUUUGCUCUCUGUGCAUACUCAGGCGGCGGCAGGGAUAUCAACUUGGAAAUCCUGCGAGUGGAGGGAUACCGCAAGUUCUGCAACAAGAUCUUCAAUGCUACGAAGUUUGCGAUGCUCAAACUUGACGACGAUUUUUCGCCAGAGAGAUCUGCGAAGCCAACCGGAAAUGAAAGCCUUGUGGAACGUUGGAUCUUACACAAGCUCAACAUAGCCGCGACGCAGAUCAACACGCAGCUCCAAGAACGCAAUUUCAUGGCUGCGACUACGUCAGCAUACAAUUUCUGGUUAUAUGAGCUUUGUGACGUCUACAUUGAGGCAAUGAAACCUUUGACCGACGCAUCGGUCCCCCUCCAGACUCGCAGAUCAGCGCAACAAACAUUAUAUACUUGCCUGGAUCACGGUCUGCGCCUACUUCAUCCAUUUAUGCCAUUUGUUACCGAGGAACUGUGGCAGCGACUGCCGAGACGUCCGAACGAUCCCACCCCCUCCAUCAUGGUAUCGUCUUACCCUGUGAACGAUUCGGACUUCAACAGCUCUGAGGAGGAGAAAGAAUUUGAUUUAGUGCUGUCUGCCGUGCGGGCAGGCAGGUCCCUUGCUGCAUCUUACAACCUGCAGUCCAAUAUCCAACUCUUCAUUCAUUCUCAGACGGACAAGGAGGUCACUUUGUUCCGCUCACAGACGCAAGCCAUGAUCACGUUGAUCAAGGGAUGCAGUGCUGUAGACGUCAUUGAGGACGUGAAAGCUCUUCCCGCGGGGUGCGGCUCAGCCGUCAUAAACUCUACAACAACAGUCCACCUGUUGGUUAAGGGGCUUGUUGACCUUGACGCUGAGAUAGCCAAGUGUGAGAAGAAACUCACGCUUGCCCGCCUCAACCUGGAAAAGGUCGUGAAGAUUAUUUCACAGCCUGAUUACACGGAGACCGUGCCGUCUGCCGUGCAAAUAGCAAAUGACGAGAAGGUGGCGUUUUUUUUUCUUUUGACCGUAAAUUCAGAACGUUGCUAAUGUCUUCUUGCCCUGACCACAACAGAAAAAGACAUGCGAGACAGAAUGUAUAACUCUCGAACAAUCGAGAGAGAUGUUUGCAAAGUUGAAAUAGAUUCAUGUUAGCGGACUUCAGACCUGUAUUCUCGUAGUAUUGAACACAGACAGUUUUCGAUCGCUUCCGUAUCGCGAGUUGGCCAAUGGUCGCAUACUAGGGGGGACAGACUUCAGAGCACGGUGGUCCCACUUUCCAUACAGUUAUCGGGUGGGUUCCUCGGAUUCGUGUCCACCGAGCUGUUCAUCUUUGAGUACUGAGUUUUGAGACCAUCCCGCGAUCAACACUCAAAUCUCAAAGAUAGGCUUCAAGUUCUCGUGAUAGUGGGGUCAUACAGAUCUAGGAGGAGGCUGUUGCGAUGUUAUGUAC